GGCUCUUAUUUGAGGAAGCUCAUGGGUUCUUUCAACUAAUAAGCGCCUCCCCGUCGCUCUAAAGGACAUUAUAAUGCAAGGGACCUUCUUUUUUAACCACAAACCGAAUUUUCGUUCAUUUAGACGAUAUAUACUUUAUAAAUUGCCAAAGUUGUAGGAUUUUUUUUGGAACUCGUUUCGCCCUGGAGCGGUACGCUAUGCUUUCCCAUGCCGACCUCCUGGAUGCUCGGCUCGGUGAGUUAUCAUCGCUCAACUCCAGCCCCAAACUGCACUGGAUGAAGGAUGCUGCGGAGCUACUCGGACACCGAGAAGCUCUUAAGUGCCGACUGGGAGGGGUGCAGGACCAGGGGCAUCCGGGGGAAAUGGCCCCUGGUCCGGACUCUGUAGAGGGGAGCACUCUUUUGCCCGGAGACGACAUCUCGUCUGUGGGAUCCAACGCAACCGGCAUGCAGGUGAACGGAAAAGACCAAGAUAAACAACAACAGCAGCAGCAGCAGCAACAGCAGCAGCAGCAGCAGCAGAACUCCGGUCAGUCGUCGAACCAACAGAAGCAGAAGCGACACCGGACCCGCUUCACCCCGGCUCAGCUCAACGAGCUGGAGAGAAGCUUCGCUAAAACUCACUACCCUGACAUCUUCAUGCGCGAGGAGCUGGCUUUAAGGAUCGGUCUCACCGAGUCCCGCGUGCAGGUCUGGUUCCAGAACAGACGCGCCAAGUGGAAGAAGAGGAAGAAGACUACCAAUGUCUUCCGCUCCCCGGGAACGCUGCUUCCCACACACGGCCUGCAGCAGUUCUCCGCCGCGGCAGCCAUGGAGAACAGCUUGUGUUCCUUCCAUGCCAACGAUUCGCGUUGGGCCACGGGGAUGCCCGGGGUGUCCCAGCUGCAGCUCCCGCCAUCGCUUGGUCGCCAGCCCGGCAUGCCGCAGUCCUUGUCACAGUGCAGCCUCGGACCCGGACCCCCCAACUCAAUGGGCCUUUCCAACGGCCUGUCCUCCAACGGCUCCGGGCUGCAGUCCCACCUCUACCAGACGCAUUUUCCAGGAAUGUCGGCCUCUAUUUCGGGACCCAACAACGGGGGCUCCCCGCAGCUGUGUAGCUCCCCGGACAGUGAUAUGUGGAGAGGGACAAGCAUCGCGUCUCUUCGACGCAAGGCGCUGGAGCACACAGUUUCCAUGAGUUUCACCUAGUGACUUUUAACACACGCAUAAUCCCGUGGCUCUUUUAAUUUUAUUAUUUUAACACCAUGUGUGAUCAAGAUGAGAGAACGAGUCUGAAUUACUAUGUCAAGCAGGAGACUGACUGACUGUCGUCUAGAAUAGGAAUUUGAGAAAACCGCUAUUUAUCCUCGACUUGGGGUUAUUCAUCUUGAUCAUUUAAAGGAUUUGGUCCACUAUUGGUGAUAUUGUAACGAUCUAGCCGCGAUAGGCCGCAUUAAUGAGAACCAAACAAUCGUCGUAUUUAUGUUUUCACGUGGGUGCAUCUUUAUGCGCUCAUUUGUUAUUGUGUUCAGGUGAAAUUGUGUUAUAUUAUGUCAAAGGGAAAACUAUGAGGUGAGUCAACGUUUUCACACACACACACACACACACACACACACACACACACACACACACACGCACCAUAGGUGGGCCAAUCAAAGUGGUUCUCUGAGGCAUGCGCAAUGCACGUGGAUUUAACACUUGAAGUAUUUAGAAAGAUAACGGUGCCCAAAUAAUAUGAAUACACACUUUUGCUCUAGGUGGCAGAAACCCUCGCCUGCAUGAGGCGAGAGAGUAUAGGCUCCUACUACAUUUAAGUCGAUCGGAUUUUCAGUAGGCCUACUCUGUUUUAGGAUGUUUUGUGUAGAUGAAACAUUCUUGCUAUGUACCCGCUGGUCUUUUUGUGACAUGUUUUAACUUAUUGUCUGUGCUAAUUACUGACACAUUUCUUAAAUGUUUGAUCUUACAUUCAAAUACACCUUAUUGACGGGUUUGUACCAAUUUAAAUGACAAAUAAAAAGGAUUUUGAAGAAUGUCAA